CCACUUUGUGUUUCGUUUCCAUGGAGAAAUUGAAUCAUCGAAUUUGGUCGCCACUUUGAGAAUUUAGAUGAAUUCGAUAACAAGCUCAAGUAAGAAGGUGCAGAGAUGCUUUAUUAUUUCUUCGCUCGUUGUUAACUCUUCUUCAUUCUCGUCUCUGCUAUUUUUUCUUAAGCUUCGAUCAAAAACCCUAAACAAUUCAUCUGGAUUGAAAAUAGAGAAUGCUAGACCACAGUGAGAAGAUAAAAUGAUCUGAUUCUGAUUCGGGUGAUCGAAGAUGAACUGUUGGAAAUGAUGAUGAUCUGCUUCUGUGUUUGUUUCAGAUCUUCUUGGUCAAUUCAGAAACCAUGAAAGCAAGAGCUCAAGUUAUGAUCGAACAGAGAAACCACAAGAAGAAUUGUGCUGAUCGUGGUCUUCGUCAUGGUGGUGCUAAGCUCAGAUUUCUCUUCAAGUUUUGCAAAUUUCUCUGGAUAGGUCAAAGAAGAGAGAAAACCCACGUUGCUUAAGACCCAAGCUUCCUCUAAACGAUCUCACACAAAGUUUCAGCAGCUAUGAGUUUAGCCAAUGGCCUUUAUUCAAAAGAUCCUUUGAUACAGCUUGAUUCAGCUAUCAAGAUCAACAGGAUUCUAUCAGAUGGAAUGCAAAGAAACUUGCCUCUUGGUACAAAAGAUCUAAUACGAUCUGGAAUUGUUGCUCGUUUCGUUUUCCUUCUUCACAAUGAAGAAUUCCCUAAGCUUCAAUUUGAAGCAGCUCGCGGUCUAGCAAUCAUUGCUGCUUUUAAACCGGAUGUGGUAGUUGAUCACAAGGUUGUUCCAAUCUUAGUCACGCUUCUUGCUUCUUCGACAGAUAAUGUCCGUGGACAGGCUAUAUUGGCACUGGGUAAUGUUGCUUAUCAUCCAAUACACCGUGACUAUGUUCUUCAAUGUGGGGCAUUGACGCCACUGCUGAUUAGGCUGUACAAGGAUACUAACUUGCCGAUGCUCAGAGCUGCCAUUCGGACUUUGGCUUUCUUGUGUCGUGGCAUGCCUCCGUCUACCUUCAACGAGGUGAAGCCUGCACUUGAAAUACAUCUUAAUUCAAGUGAUAAAGAAAUCUUGAGAUAUGUUUGCUUGGCAAUUUCGCAUCUGUGUUAUGGUUCAGUAGAUGGAAUCCAACGUGUGAUUCAAGCUGGUUUUGUCCCAAAACUAGUUAGCGUUCUCCGACGCCCUUCCCCAGUUUUAUCUGCUCCUGAACUUCGUACCAUUGGGACUCUAGUUACUGGAAAUAAUCACCAGAGCCAAUUGCUUAUUGAUGCAAAUUUGAUUCCAUCGUCGGUCAAUCUGGCUCUAAAUGCUGAAUUGGACAUAAAGAGAGAAGCUGUACGGGUAAUUUUAAGGGCCACCGUAGGUGGUUCGCCUAAUCAAAUCAAAUACUUGGUGCAGCAGGGUUGCACAAAACUUCUAUGUGAUCUCCUGGUAUGUCCAGAUAUAAUGAUCAUCAAACUGUGUCUGUAUGGGUUGAAAAACAUUUUGAAGGCCGGAGAGUCGGAAAAGAACAGAGGAGACGUGAACUAUUAUCGCCAACUGAUUGAUGCCGCGGAAGGGGUGAAAAAGAUUAAGAACCUGCUAAAACACGAAAGGAAUGAGAUCUACGAUAAGGCUUUGAAUAUUCUGGAGACAUACUGGGAUGUAGAGGAUGAUGAGAAGACACAAAAGCCUCCAAGGUGAUGAUGAUCUUGUCUUUCAGUUCCAGUUCCUGUUGGAGGAUUCAACUACAGUUUUGUUUUGUGAAGUUUUGAGACUUAGAGUAGGAUUUUUUUGCCACCUUCACAUGUAUUCAACCUAAAGCUAGCACAAGUGAUGGAUUACACAGUAGGGGCAUCGGUAUUCUUGACAUGGAUGAAACUUUUGAUUACUAUUCAUCUUUCCAAGUUGAUAAUAUAAUCUCUCUAGGACAUUUGGGUA